ACUGGUUCUGAUCACGCAAUUGGCUAAAAUACCUACGACACCAAGCUUUUUCCCUCAUUAUCAACUUCAACCUCUUCAACACAACGCCAUCCUUGAAAAUGACCGAAAGCAACAGUCUGCGACCGAUUUUAGAUCACAUUGUGAUUCUUGUGUCCUAUCAGACUCUCCAGCAACUUCCAAAGCGAUUGGAGAGUGUCCUCACUGUAAUUGAUGGCGGGGCUCAUGCAGAUGGCCGCACAGUAAACAAACUUAUCGAAUUUUCCGACGGAGUCUAUAUUGAACUCAUUGCUUUUCAAGACGGCAUAGAUCCUGAAAGGCGCAAGGCGCAUAGGUGGGGAGAGCUAGAGGAGAACACCCUCGUCGACUGGGCGUAUACCCUUCCCGAUGAAAAGGACUUCGGGGUGAUUCAACAACGGGUCAAGGACGCGAACUCUGAGAUUAUCUACCACGAUCCUGUCCCUGGCGGUCGCAUCAGGCCUGACGGCGUUGAGUUGAAGUGGUCUGUUGCUUCGGCAUAUACUGCUUCCGGCAAGGCGGUGCAUCCAGGUAAAGCACCAUUCUGGUGUCUUGAUCGCACACCGAGACAUCUGCGUGUACCUUACAAGGAAGAUGAUGGUUCUGAGCCCUCUUAUACAAAGCAUACUUCCGGUGCGAUUGGGGUCUCUGGAGUCUCUAUCUCAGUGCCCAAGGAGGAACGCCAUGUGAUUGCGGGGGUAUAUAACGGCAUUCAUGGGUCUAAUACGGAGCAGGGGACAUGGCCUUUCGUUGUUCACUCUGGUUCUAGGAAUGGAAAGCAAGCAAUCACACUGGAGAUCAGCCAGGAUCAGAAAAGGCACAUUCAUCUCACUCUUGUCGGUGACAAGAGCAGCCCUGAAAGUAUCGAGAUUCUGCCUGGCUUGAAGUUUAGCUUUGAGUCUUGGAAAUUCCCUCAAAGAACGUAAGGUACUUCUGCAGCUAGCAGUCAUCAGGCAGUGGAAUAUCAAUGUACGUGUUUACUUCACCAGAAAACAAGACCAACA